AAUGGCGCCGAGGAGAAUCCUUUGCAAGGAUCACAUGCCUUCAUAACUCAGCACAAAUGGGCAAGCAAUGUCAAGGCUCUCAUCAACUUGGACUCAGCAGGUUCGGGUGGUCGCGAAAUUUUGUUUCAGUCCGGUCCUGACCACCCUUGGUUGAUGCGAUAUUACGGUCAACAUAUCUUGCAUCCUUAUGCGUCAAGCAUUGCCGAAGAAUUAUUCCAAAAUGGAUUUGUGCCUUCGGAGACAGACUUCAGGAUAUUUAGAGACUUUGGAGAAAUACCGGGCUUAGAUAUGGCACACACUGUCAACGGCUACGUCUAUCACACCAAGUAUGAUCGCUUCAAUCUGAUACCACGCAGAACGUAUCAGCUCACCGGCGAUAAUGUAUUAGCGCUCACUAAAGCUUUGUGUAAUGCGGCAGAAAUGGAAGAUCCAGCGAAAUAUGCUGAGGGUCAUACAAUUUUCUACGAUGUGCUUGGUUGGUUUAUAGUCUACUACCCGGAAGAAACAGGCAUUGUGAUAAAUGUUUUGGUUUGCGUCAUAGCCAUUAUCACUAUAUUGGCCUAUAUUUGGAAUAUGGCACAUCAGACGGGCAUGUUUAGGCGUCGCGUUUUUAUCAAAUUCGGCAUCUUGUUGGGUGUCCAAUUCGCCGCUGUGAUUCUGGCCAUAUUGCUGACUAUCACAAUUGCGAUAUUCAUGGAUACUGUUGGCCUUUCAAUGUCGUGGUUCUCCCAGCAAUGGAUGACUUUCGGUUUGUACUUCUGUCCGAUGUUCUUUAUGAUGGGCUUGCUGCCGGCGGUCUACUUGAGUCGUACAAAGGAGCAUGGCUUACCGCUGGGCUAUGCUAUUCAGCUGAUUAUGCACGCGCACUGCUUGAUUUUGACUAUGGUUUGCAUUAUACUGAUCUCACUUAAUAUACGCUCGGCAUUUGCGUUGAUGCUUUGCAUUGGUUUCUACGUACUAUCGGUGAUCUUGAAUAUGGCCACAUGCUUCCAAAAGACUACGUUCCUCUGGCUAAUACCGCACAUCAUCUGCCAGCUGAUGCCUUUCCUCUUCUACAGCUACUGCUGCUAUGCUUUCUUUGUUACUUUUGUGCCGAUGCAGGGUCGCGAAGGUAGUAGCAAUCCUGAGCUCUUUAUCGGUGGCUUUACAGCGCUACUCUGUCUGUUGCUGGCACCCUUUUUGGUACCACUUUUGUGCCUCUUCCGCAAGUCGAAGACCAUCAUUUCCAUCUUCGGCGUCAUUUGCUUGGUAUUCAUCAUACUAGCUGCCACACCGGUUGGCUUUCCAUAUGCCGAACGUGAAGCGCCACAGCGUUUCUAUGUUGCGCACACAACACGCACCUUCCACAACGGCGAUGCAGCGAUGUCGGUUCGCUUCAACGAUUCUGGCUACUACGUUGUGCCGGUCGAUCGUCGUCCGCAUUCAAUAGACUACUUGUUUGAGAACAUAAAUGCAAGCAAAUCCAGUCAACUGGGUAUUGACUGCGAUACAGAGGUGAUGUGUGGCUAUCCGAUUUACAGUACGCGCUGGUUGGGCUAUCGUGAUCAAAGCUUUUGGGUCGAUGGUCCUGCACCGAAGGCUGGCAGCUGGCCGCGUUUGAGAAUUCUGAGCAAAGAACGCAUCUCAUUUACGAAUCUGAUUAUUAGCCUGGAGGUGGCAGGUCCGGAUCACAUGAGUGUUUUCAUACAACCCAUGAAUGAUACAAAACUGGUGGACUGGUCAUUUGAUCGUACGCCAAUUCAGGAGAACUUUAAGACGCCAUACUUUAUAUAUCUUUCAUAUGCUUUGGAUCCGGCGCCUUUCCGGUUUCAUUUGGAAUUCGAGCAUGACAGCGCCGAUUGGUCAGGAGCUACAUUUGACGUUGCCGUUAUUGGUCAUAAGGUACACGACGAUAUCUCACACACAGACGAUUUUCGCGAUUUCGUAGCGGAGUUUCCUGCCUGGGCGACAGUGAGUGCUUGGACCAGCUCUUACGAGACCUGGCGAAUAUAAGCAAUGGGCGAUGCGGUAACUAAGGGCGACAAUGGCGUUGAUUACACUGUCGAUAAUGAUGAUUAUGUUAAUGAUGACGAGAAUCAAACCCGAAACUAUUACUCAUUAUGGAUGCCAUAGCUUUAAUACAAUUAUUAUUAAGAAUUUUUGAAUAUUCUGUAAAUUUUAGGGAAAUGUAAACCAACGAACAAAGUGCUUGAAACUUUCUGCUGAAUCAAUUUUAAUCAGAGCAAAAGGACAAUGCCAUGCUAUUUAUUUAUGUAAAUUAAAAAUAUUUGUAAGAUUAUUUGUUGUAUUUUUUUAUAUUUAUAAAAAAAAAAUAUUUAUUAUUGGAUAUACUACUUAUUAGCUUUUAUAUUGAUUGAUUUUUUAUUUUAAAAUCGAAAUUAAAAUGAUACACAUUCUCAA